AUGGCAUUAUUAGCCAAGCAACAGAAAAUUAGCGUGAUCGCGUCAUGCCGCCACUUAUCUUCAUCAAACACACGACUGCUACAGAAAGUCCUUACUUCCACACCCUAUGAACAGGACAAAGAAAAAAUGGAAGACGAUGUCAGGCUUCCUACUCUAUAUAGUGGUCAAGGGGGUCACAAAUAUACCACCCACAUCUCUAGUAUACCAGAGAUCGGUGACAUGGCUUCUGAGUCAGGGGAAUCUACGAUUGCUACAGACACUCCACCACCAUAUAUGGAAGCAUCAGCUUCCGGCGAUGGGAUAUCCGCGGCUAGUCCACCGCCUUACCAAUCAUGUACGCUACAAGAUUCGGAUCAGGCAGCCGGCGCGAAAAGUAUGCCUUUCUCUGCAUCUAGCAAGUUUUCUUCGAAAUUACAACAAAUUGAGCGUUUAUUGAUUGUCACAAUAAGAAAGCAAGACAAGCAAGACAAGCAAGACUCCCAGUUAGCCGACCUCAAGAAGCGUCUUGAUGACCUUGAGGAACUCCAAGCUGUCAUCGAGGAUCGUUAA